UAAAGUGCGCCGGCACCUGUGGCCGCGCAGCUCCAGCAGUCAAGACAGCGCACGCUGCUGUUCUUCGUCCCUUUGUUGGCUCACGAGCGUCCUGCGGCGGGACCCGCGUCCGACCAUGAGCAGCCCCGUGUCAGCCGGCAGGAGCAACUUCAUCCCGGAGCUGCAGAGCAUGAUGUUCGCCCUGGGAGACGCUCGCCGGCCGGUGUACGAGACCGCCGCCCUGGUGGAGGACGUGGUGCACACGCAGCUCAUCGCCAUGCUGCACAGGGCCUGCGAGGCCGCCAGCCUCCGUGGCUCCAGGUUCAUCUCAGCUGAAGACAUUCUGUUCCUGAUGAGGAGGGACAAGAGGAAGCUGUCCAGGCUGCUCAAGUACCUGCAGUUCAGAGACUACAAGUCCAAGAUACUGAAGACCAUGGAGGAGGACGAGACGCUGGAGCCAGGGGCCACGGCGGGGAACCGGCGCCAGCGUCUGGCCCAGGACUUCCUGGUGUGGAUGGAUCAGACCGGGGAGCUGCUGUCGCUGGCCCAGAGGCCUGAAGUGGACCCGGUCAAACAGGAGCGCAUGGAGAGACUGGAGCGCCAGACCCGCUCCAUGGACCAGAGCCAGUACCUGGAGUUCUGCGAGAGCCGGCAGCUCAGCUUCGCCAAGAAAGCCGCCAAGUUCCGGGACUGGCUGGACUGCAGCAGCCUGGAGGUCAAGCCCAACAGCGUGGCCAUGGAGGUGCUGUCCUACCUGGCCUACGAGACGGUGGCCCAGAUCGUGGACUUGUCCCUGCUGGUGAAGCAAGAGGCGGCAGCCAAGCCGGACCCCGUCAGCCACGUGAUCUCGGCCCACGCCAUCCAGUACAGCUCGCAGACAGAGGUGAAGAAAGACCCGGACUCGCCCGACCCCGCCCCCUCCUCGCCCCCCGGCUCCUCCCACUACUCCAGGCUCCUCCUGCAGGGCAACGGCAGCCUGGACGGCAGAGCCAGGCCGAGGAAACGCAAGAAGAGCUGUCCAGCUGCUCCGGAGCCUCCCAGCGGAGCCAUCCAGCCCGGCCACGUCCGAGAGGCCAUCAGGAGAUACAGCUACAGACACAACGUAGAGUUCCUACAGCAGCGGCGGCGGCGUGAUGUUCCUGGCCUGCUGACUCAGCACUCUGAUCUACCGUUUUGAUACUUCUCUCUGUGUCACUUCGUGACGGACCAUUAAAACCGUGGAUGGGUUCUGCGUCUGUUAUUGGAAGAACUGCCGUGAUCGGUUUUGAAGGCUCCGGUCACAGGUGAAAGAAACUUUAUUGGUGACUCAUACAGGAAGACU